AGAGCUCUUCAGCGCCUACUUGCGAAGCGCCGGCUGCUUAAGGAGCGCCUGCGCUCCCUUUCGCCCUCUUUCCUCCUCCUCCUGGGCGGGCCCCGGAUCCGCCUCCAGCCGCUGGCGGGGCCGAAAGGAACAUGGUGGCCGCUUCCUCCCUCGCCAGCAACAGCGACGUUACGGCUUGCUCGUGAGGCGGCGCCGGAGCGAGCCAGGCCGCGAGGGAGUCUCUGCGCCCGAGGCGACGACGGACGGGGAGUCCCGCGUCUGGCCAGCGCCGCCGGAAUCCCCCCAGCACAAUUAUGAUAGAGGAUAAAGGCCCAAGAGUGGUGGACUAUUUCGUAGUGGCCGGACUCACAGAUACGUCGACGCUUCUGGACCAAGAAGUAAAUCGCUCUGAAACAAAGUCGGUUGGCCCCAAAGCUCCCAUUACAGAUCUUGCUAUCAUCAUCAAGUCAGCGGGAGAAACCGUUCCCGAGGGAUACACCUGUGUCGAAGCAACCCCCACAGCACUUCAGGCCAACCUGAACUAUGGGAGUCUCAAAAGUCCGGAGCUCUUUCUGUGUUACAAGAGAAGCAGGGACAAGCCGCCUCUUACGGACAUUGGAGUUUUAUACGAAGGGAAGGAACGCUUGAUCCCGGGCUGUGAAGUGAUCCAGGCUACUCCCUACGGCCGUUGCGCGAAUGUCAACAACAGUUCGGCAAGUUCCCAGCGAAUCUUCAUCACCUUUCGGAGGGCUCCCCCCGUGCGACCCCAAAACUCCUUGGCCGUUACCGACAUCUGCGUCAUUGUAACCAGCAAAGGAGAAACCCCGCCUCAUACAUUCUGCAAAGUCGAUAAGAAUUUGAAUUGUGGCAUGUGGGGUUCCAGUGUAUACCUGUGUUACAAGAAGUCCGUUCCAGCUUCGAACUCCAUUGCAUACAAAGCUGGCUUGAUAUUCAGAUACCCAGAAGAUGACUAUGAGUCAUUCCCCUUAUCAGAAUCUGUACCUCUCUUCUGUCUUCCAAUGGGGGCCACCAUUGAAUGCUGGGACCCUCAAACCAAAUACCCGCUGCCUGUAUUCUCAACAUUUGUUCUGACUGCCUCAAGUGCAGAAAAGGUGUACGGUGCUGCUAUCCAGUUUUACGAGCCUUACUCGCGAGAGCUGCUGUCGGAAAAGCAGCACAUGCAGCUGGGCCUCCUGACAGCUGUCGAGAGAAAAGUGGUUACCUCAAAAUCCAUAAAUUCCAACAAGUGCAUCUGCCUUCUGUCACACUGGCCUUUCUUUGAAGCCUUCCGAAAAUUCCUCAUGUUCAUUUAUAAGCUUUCCGUGUCUGGACCGCAUCCUCUUCCCAUUGAAAAGCACAUAUCCCACUUUAUGCACAACAUACCUUUCCCUUCUCCCCAAAGACCAAGAAUUCUUGUGCAGCUCUCUGCUCAUGAUACGUUAAUACUGUCGCAACCGGUUGCUACGCCCUUGCCACUCAGUGGAGCAAACUUCAGCACUCUGCUCAUGAAUCUUGGACCAGAAAACUGUGCCACUUUACUCCUCUUUGUGCUGCUGGAGGGCAAGAUCCUGCUGCACUCUCUCCGACCAGCUGUGCUGACAGGAGUAGCGGAAGCAGUGGCAGCUAUGAUUUUCCCAUUUCAGUGGCAGUGUCCCUACAUCCCCCUCUGUCCUUUGUCUCUGGCAACGGUGCUCAGUGCUCCCGUCCCAUUCAUAGUUGGAGUUGACUCCCGAUACUUUGAUCUGUAUGACCCUCCACAAGAUGUGGUUUGCAUUGACUUAGAUACAAACAUGGUGUACAUAUCAGAUGAUAAGAAGAGCAUGAACUGGAAGCAGCUUCCUAAGAAACCAUGCAAAAGCCUGCUCAGCACCUUAAAGAAAUUGCAUCCACAACUGGCAUUAGUUCACAGAAAGACACAAGAAGGCUCUGCGGUCGAGAUGACCCCUAUAGAGGCAGACUUCUCGUGGCACAAAAAGAACACGCAAUUCGAAACGGAGAUUCAGGAAGCCUUUCUACGCUUCAUGGCAUCUAUUUUAAAAGGGUACAGGACGUUUCUUAAACCGAUCACCCAGGCACCUUCAAAUAAAGCUACUGCUACAGAUUCCUUGUUUGACAAUCAAGGGUUUUUAAAAAGUAGGGAUCGUGCCUACACAAAAUUCUACACGGUUUUAACAAAGACGCAGAUAUUUAGCAGCUUCAUUGUAGAAUGCAGUUUUGUGAGUGACAAAGAUACUGGACUGGCAUUCUUUGACGACUGCGUAGAAAAGCUUUUUCCAGAGAAAGGAUCAGAAAAAGGAGAAAAGGUUGAUACGGAUUCUACAGAGGAUACCCGACUGAUUGAACUGGAUGAGUCGCAGAAGAGUGAGCACACAGUGUUUAUCAUGCCACCUGAGCCUCCCCCUGAUGACGGACAGGAUAGGAUACCUAAAUACAGCUAUAAAACCUUCCCCAGGCUAGACUUGAAGCUUUUUGACAGACCACAAGAGCUCAAGCUUUCCUUCAGCAGGCACUCAACUGGAGGAAACAUUUCCAAUAGUCCAGCACUUAUGGCAAAGAGGACAAAGCAGGAGAUAAAAGCAGCUCAUAAGCUUGCCAAGAAAUACUACGCAAAUGCUUCCCAGUGGGCCAAGUGUCUCUUCAGCCAUUGCUACAGCUUAUGGUUCAUUUGUCUCCCAGCUUAUGUUAGGGUUUCCCACCCCAAAGUCAGAGCCCUGCAGCAGGCAUACGACGUUCUUAUCAAAAUGAGGAAAACUGAUGUGGAACCACUAGAUGAAGUGUGCUAUAGGGUUGUGAUGCUGCUCUGUGGACUUUGGGGCCAUCCUGUUCUGGCUGUGAGGGCCCUCUUUGAAAUGAAAAUUGCUGGCAUAGCACCCAAUGCCAUCACAUAUGGGUACUACAACAAGGCAGUUUUGGAGAGCCCAUGGCCCAGCAGCAAUCGCAGUGGUAUAUUUCUCUGGACGAAGUUGCGAAAUGUGGUGCUCAGCAUGGCACAAUUUAGGCAAUGUCUCAGAAAGUCAACACAGUGUUCACAGGCUAUUUCAAUACCAGCUCCUCAGAUGCACACGGGUGGAAGUGAUGGGGACACGGUGAGCCAUGAUAGUGUGACUAGUUCUAAUGAUGCUAACAGUGGGGAGCACACCUUCUUCGUCAGAGACUUAGUCAGGCUUGAUUCCAUUGCUAAUCACUCUAGCACAGGUGCUCAGUCCGAUCAGGGUUACGGUUCUAAAGAUGAACUUGUAAAGGAUGAUGCAGACAGUCUUCAUACAACAGAUACGCUUGUAGAAAAAGCACUUGUUGCCAAAGGCGAUGACUUAAUUGGAGAAUUUUGUGUUGCUGGUGAAUCUGUUGAAAAGCCACAUCAUCAUGCAGAACCACACAGUCCGGUUGAAGUAUCUUUGCACCCGUCAAGCAGCAUCGUCAAGAUUCCCUCUUGUGUUUUUGAUAGCACCGGCAGGAAGAGCAGCAGCGGAACGGGAUCCAGUCCUCUUUUCAUAGCUCAGGAUACCAUUGAAGAUUCCGUGUUUGACAGCAACACUUCUCCCAAAAGAACCAGCGAAAAAGGGAAUAAAAAGCAAAAGCUUUUUUCAGAAAGGAGCUGCAGCUUCAGCUCCGAAAGCAGGGCAGGCAUGUUGCGGAAGAAAAGCAGCCUGGAUUUGAAUACCAGUGACGUAGCCAUCAUGAUGGGCGCGGAUGCAAAGAUUCUUACGGCGGCUCUGUCCGGGACCAAAACAUCACCGCCGCCCCACGUGAGCAAACCCCACAGCUUUGACACCGCAGGUGGCGGGCUGUUCUUCUCUGCCACAGACACGACUAGGACCCGUGCGAGCGAAAAUAUUUGGGAAGCAGAGUCUAGGUCAUCCCCUGUUCUGGAGGAGCCUGAGGAAGGGCAGGAACAGCUUGAAAACGGGCACGACGACCGCACCACCAAAGCGGAGAUCGCCAGCCCUAAACCUCUUGAAACCGCGCAGCCCCAAACGGAGCAGGCGGAACCCAAAGACGCAGCGAACAAGAGAAGUAGUUUAUAUGGCAUGGCCAAGCCUGUUGAGCGAGAGGACGUUCAGGUGGGCCUGGACCCUUUGUCUUUGCUGGCAACCGAGACCGCAGAGCCCAAACCCGCUGAAGAGGAGGAAAAGUUGAUGUCGCCGGUCGUGGCGCGCAACCUGGCCGACGAGAUCGAAAGCUACAUGAACCUGAAAAGUCCCCUUGGCAGCAAAUCUUCCAGCAUGGAGCUCCACAGGCCGGACAGCGUGGGCCAAGAGGCAGCCUCCCCAUCUCUCCUAGGCCCUUCUCUCGAGAGGAGGUCGAGCUUGCCCUCCGAUUCCGCUCCGCCAGCCCAGGUUCCGAACGCGAGCCGGAAGAGCCCCGCCGUCUCCAGGUCCAAAACGUUCACCGGGAGACCCAAACAACUGGCCCUUUCGCGUAGCCAAAAAGAACGGUCGACAUCUUUGACGGGCUUGGGCAAAACUUCGCCGCAGGCUUCGUUGGGCGCGGUCGUCACAACUCUGUCUGGUCUGAAGCUAGACCACAUAUUAUCGGGACCUAAAAUGGACGUCCUGAAGUCUGGAAUGAAACAAGCAGCUCAUGUCGCCAGCAAAGUGUGGGGUGCUGUGUCCUCAGCAUACAGCUAUUCAGACGAUGAGGAAGAAACCAGCCGACCUGACUUCACCUUUGCUGCUGGCUUUGAAGAUCAUAUUCUAGGUGUCAAUCAGCCGCCCAAAAUGGGAAUCGCAGGGCUUGCCACCAGUGAACUUGCCCAGAGCACCACCAGUCUUGGAAGCAGCAACAGCAGUGGCGAUGUAGGGAGACAGCAUUUCCAAGCAGGUGAAGUUCAGAUUCCAAGAAGUAUGAAAGGUCUGGAUUCAGAAAAGUCAGAACAUGGCUCUUCCCACAACACCAGUUUGUCCAGCAUCUUCCAAAAUUGUGCCAUGGAGGUCUUAAUGUCAAGUUGUUCUCAGUGUCGUGUAUGUGGAGCUCUAGUUUACGACGAAGAAAUCAUGGCGGGAUGGACUGCGGAUGACUCUAAUCUGAAUACUACAUGCCCAUUUUGCAAAAGCACUUUCUUACCUCUUCUUAAUGUGGAAUUUAAAGACCUGCGUGGUCUUGCAAGCUUGCUUUUGAAACCGAGUACCUCUGGCGAUAGUUUGCACAGCAGCAACAUUCCAUUAACCACGGAUUCUCUGGAGCCAAAGGCUGUUUCAAGCCCUGCUACUGAUCUGAUCAGUUUUGCUGAAUCUUCAGAUAUGAACCAGACCAUCGCUGAAGAAAACAGCACCGCAGCGAAGCAAAGCACUGGCGUCACAGGAGGAGGGGACAGGGACCUCAACCCCCCCAGGCCCUCUGCUACAAGCAACGCCUCGCAACGAGGAGGUUCUCUGACUCGGAGCCAUAGCGUUGGUGGUCCGCUGCAAAAUAUUGAUCUCUUGCAAAGGCCGGCUCAUGGCAUCUCAACCGUCAGCCUUCCCAACAGCUUGCAAGAGGCUGUGGAUCCCUUAGCCAAAAGGGCCAAUCCUUUACCUGUGUCUGUCCCGUAUUUGAGCCCCUUGGUACUAAGGAAAGAGCUGGAAUCUUUGUUGGAGAAUGAGGGAGAACAAGUGAUUCACACCUCCACGUUCAUCAAUCAACACCCCAUCAUUUUCUGGAACCUGGUGUGGUAUUUCCGACGCCUGGACCUCCCAAGCAACUUGCCAGGACUCAUUCUAACAUCAGAGCACUGCAAUGAAGGCGUGCAGCUUCCUCUGUCAAAUUUGUCUCAAGACAGCAAGCUAGUGUUUAUCCAACUUCUGUGGGACAAUAUCAAUCUUCACCAAGAGCCUGGGGAACCUCUGUACCUAUCUUGGAGAAACUUCAAUUCUACAGAAAAGAAAGCUUCUGCAGUUUCAGAAGAACAACAAGCAACAAUCGCUUUAGCUGAGAACAUCAAACUGAGUAUUCAGCACAAUGAUGUUGUGAAACCCAUCAAUCUUCUCGUGCAGAAAACUAAGCAAGAUAGGAAACGACAAAGGAGCUUUUACAGAGAAAUUCUUUUCCUGUCCCUGGUCUCACUUGGGAGAGAGAAUAUUGACAUAGAGGCCUUUGACAAUGAGUACAGAGCUGCCUAUAAAAGCCUUCCAGCCGAGGUGCUUGAAAAGAUGCAGAAGAUCGACGCCCCGCCCAGUGUCAGCGUUGAGUGGUGCAGGAAAUACUUUGGGGCGCCCGUCAUAUAAACUCCGCAAAGACGAUGCCAUGUAGCAGCUCCACAAACAGAGAGCAGAGGAAAGGGACAAAAUGGUGAAUGUGUUGAUUUGGAUUCAGCUACAGCUGUUGGCGUCCAAUUCAGGAAUACAUGUAGCACUCUCUUCUGUGACAGACCGAUGUCUAUACCAGCCCCAAGAAUUAAGUGCAAAUACGCUAGUGCAAAGUCAUUGGCUUUUGAAUUGACAGUUUAACCUUCCUGUGCGUCAUUGUUUAGAACGACAACGGAGACUGGCGUUUUAAUUGGUGUCUUGCUUUUUAAAACUUGAAAUGUUGGAAUGUUUUAUUUGUCUUCUAGCCCAAGAGCACACUGGUUUCUUUAUGAAUGGAUCCAUCAGUUUAAAAGAGAGAUCUCUACUUGCUGCAUGUAUAUGUACAUUUUGUACAUUUUGAAUUGUAAUUCUUUUCCCUUGGGUCAGAAGACCAAACUGUAGCUUUAGUUUAAAUGCCCAUCUUCUUCUUGGAAAACAAUCACUGUCUUGGACUGUAGCAAGAAUAUAGCUGUUGUGGCUAUUGUAAAGCAUAGUAUUUUUCUCAUUUUUAUAGAAUAACUACUUUAAAUAAUUCUCAAACUGUACAUACAAUGUUCUCCCCACAAUGAUGGGUUCCUACCCUGAGUGGCUUUGAAGGCAGUUGCCUCUCUAUAAAGGAAAGUGGGAGUAAAUGAAUCUAGGGUACAUAUAUGGGUGGGGGAAAUUGACCACAUAUACCUGUCUUAGCAUUUGUGUAAAAGAAAGUAUAUAAUAUGUAUUUUGGGGCAAAGCUUGAAGCUGUCAGGUGCCUCAUUCCUUGCUCAUCUUUUUAACCUGUGGGACAUUUUCUUUGCACUGUCCAAUUUAAAUACUUCUAUAUUAAAAUGUAUUUAUACUCACACACUUGAACAUAUAUGUUUACCAGGAGUGUAAAGGCUAAUUUUUAAUCUUAACUUUUUAAAUAUCUCUGGUUAAUUACCAGUUUGUUGCAGAGAGAGGGGGAGAAUGCUUGCAUUCACAGCUGUCUUUUGACGGUCACAUGGAUGUUUUCUGAAACAUUUAAUGACAGUUAAGAGAGAUGGCUAUCCUCCUCCUCUUCACUUCAGAUGAUGUCAUGGUAUCUGAGCAUCUGCAUUAACUACUUUUAUGAAGCAAGUCCAUUAAGAGGGAUUGUGGAUAAUGACAAAAAAGUACACACAUAUUCUUGAUCCUGCGGGUUUUCUGCCCCUUGUAAUCUUUCAUACUGCACUAGCGCUAAGCUAGAACAGAGCAUGGCAGGAUUGUGACUAUUCCAGUAACAGCAAGAAUUUUGCACUUGUCAGAAUAGUUUGGCACUUUAGACUAGAUUCUCUCUUAGUGUUCACACUAAACCACAUUUCAAAAUAUAUUGCUGGAAAUGUUUUAAAUGUGAAAGCCGUCCCUUGAAAGAGCACAGUAGGCAGAGAGUGUCUCCCUUAUACUUUUCCUCCCCCCCCCGCCACCACUAUUUUUCUGAAAUUGCGGGGGACUAGUAUAUUAAGGUUGCUUGUAGGAUGUCUGUUUUAGCCCCCCUUUGUCCCUUUCUCAAAUACAAUGCAUUUUUUCAUUUACAAAUGAUUAUUAUAAAUAAAAAACCUUACGAAACACCUUUUAUGGUAUGUUCACAUUUCCAUUGUAAAUUAAUGUUAUGUAUGAAAGAUUGCACUUGGAACCUUUCUUGUUUUGUUUAUGCAGGCUGUUUCUUACCAUUUCAGUUUUGCCGUUUCUGAAUUACAUCUUACUGCAAAUCAGCAGGAACAAUUUGGGCUAUUGAUACUAUGCAGAAAAAAAUUGGCAUUUUAGCUAGUGGUAAUUCUUUUGCUGUAACAAAUAGCAUUUAGGGUAAAGCAAGUCACAUUUUAAAAACCUUUCACUGUGUUUGAACUGUUGGCAUUGCACUUCUGUUUUAAUGCAGAACAGAGGAUAAGCACCAAAGACUUAAGUUCUUGCAUUAUUACUCCAGCAAAUUUGAGAAACCUAAUUUCCUGAAAGCAGAUGUUGGAGUGAAGGCAGCAUAGACUCUUCCCAUGUGGUCGAGCUGCUAAUGUUACUCUAGCUAACCAGUGAAGUAACACAAAUGCUAGCUUCAAUUUAGUGCAUUUAAUGCCGUAUUUUGGACCCAUAACAAAGCUGUCAUCUGCUUUUUUAAAAGUGCCAUCGUUUUCCUUUCAACUGUCCGUAAAUUCUGGGACUGUGUGGUAUAGUUCUCUAUAAAUUUUAUUUCACUGGGGGCUAAUUUGGUCUAAGCGAGUUUUUUUAAAUGCAAGCUAUUAAUUUGGCUUCUGAUAACAUGUUAAUUGCGAGUGCACUUUAGAAAACCAUCAAAGCAGUUGACAAAGAGGUAAAGACCAAUAACAUGGCUGCUUAGGGAAAAAGUACUAUGUGUGGCAGUUUGAGUAAUAAGGUAGUAGAAAGGAUCUUCAGAAGCGCAAGGCUUUUGCAGAAUUUAUAUCACUUACUGGCUGAUCCUAUGCAAGUUCACAGAGAAGUCCCAUAGAGUUCAAUGAAAUUUACAGCCCAAAUAAGUUUGCCUAAGGAAAGCUAGCGCCACGUGUACAGUUUGGCUCUAUGAAACAUACAUAUUAACCAUGCAUAACUUUAACAUGAAGUUGAAUUUUAAGGGGGCAAAUGUCUUGGAAGUAAAUGUCUCAGCAGCUUAUCCACUAUACAUCAUUACUGGGAGUUAAUUGUAGCAAAUUAAUUAUAGUGCAAGCGUCAUGAAACCCCUGUUCAGUUUAAGUCUCUUUUAUAGAAUAAUGAAAACUAACAGAAUAACCACAAAGUUUAGUUGUUUUUAUAUCCAUUUUCCCCAUCCAAUUUUUUUUAAAAAAGAUGUACUUAGGUAUGGAAAUAGAUGAACAGUUAGGACUUCAGGCAUAUUACUCAUAGGGCUAGUUAUUUGUGCUGACCAAACCAAGUGAAAUGCUACAUAUUCAAUAUAAAAUUAGGUCCUCUCUCUGUUACAACUAAUAUGGGAUGUUUCUAAAACACUAAAAUCUUACACCUGGUUUGGGGAAUUAAAUCAAAUCAAAGCAAGCCAGCCUACAAUUUUAACUUUUGGGUACUUUUAAGUUCCUUUUUAUUCCAGCGCAAAAGCUGUGAAAUGUAAAAAGAUACCAUGCUUUUCAACAACCUGUGGCAGCGUAGAAACACUUAGCUACAUCUGAAAACCCUUUUAAGCUCCUUUCUGUAUUCUGGCGGUGACCAGCAUAGGUGCGUCCAGUUGGCUUGUAAUUGCUGACACGUGGGGUCCGGAAAAGAGAAGGGAGCAGGGGGUCCUUAUACAUGCUCUGCCGCUGCACAGAGGGGUCAGGAAUAGAACCCUGCAAGACGGGGUCACCGGCUGCAUCCAACUUUUAUAGUGUUUUAGAGCAUUCCCUACAUUAAACUAGGAGAGGAGUUUGCUACAGUUCUGUUCCUAUUCUGCCACAUUCACUGUGCUGCAUGUUAGGGGGUUGGGAAACAGACCUUAAAACACCUAGAAUCCUGCAGAGUACAAGUAUAAAAAGGGAUUGUUUUGUCUUUAACAUUAAAAGUGACAUUGCUUUGAGGUCAAAUUUUAUAUUUUCAUGAUAAAGGUGGGAAGGUUUCAAUUACUAAUACAAUCAUGUACUGGUUUCAGAAUUUGAAUGUCAUCAAUUCACUGUGCUUUGAGCUACCUGGUAUCUUAAUAUUUUUGUUAAUAAGUUUGUUUCUUAUUGACUCUUUUGCAUAGGUACCCUGGGUGAUUUAGAAACCACUUGUUAAAUGUUAUAUCAAAAAUAAAAGUGUACAAAUGUC